CUCCACUCCACUACCACCACCCUUACAGCAUACACAGAGGUAGUCGCCAUGCCUCAGAACGAGUAUAUCGAGCGCUUUACGAAGCAGCACGGAAAGCGCUUCGAUCACGAUGAGCGUCAACGGAAGAAGAUUGCCCGUGAAGGGCACAAUGCUUCGAAGAAGGCGCAAAACUUCCGUGGUCUGAGAGCCAAGCUGUACGCUGAGAAGCGUCGCAAGGAGAAGAUUCAGAUGAAGCAGAAGAUCCGCGCACACGAGGAGAGGAACGUCAAAUCCAACGAAGCACCCGAGCCAGCCACCGACGCCCUCCCCGCCUAUCUCCUAGACCGUAGCAACGAGAAGAACGCCAAAGCCUUGUCCUCAGCAAUCAAACAGAAGCGCAACGAAAAGGCAGCACGUUUCUCCGUCCCCCUACCGAAAGUCAAGGGUAUUUCCGAGGAAGAGAUGUUCUCGGUCGUCAAGACAGGAAAGAAGACCAAGAAGAAGAGCUGGAAGCGUAUGAUCACCAAGCCCACAUUCGUCGGUCCAGGAUUCACGCGUCGUCCCGUAAAGUACGAGCGCUUCAUCCGCCCCAUGGGUCUGCGUUACAAGAAGGCCAACGUGACGCAUCCUGAGCUGAACGUCACGGUUCAACUGCCCAUCAUCUCCGUAAAGAAGAACCCCCAACAACCCAUGUACACCCAGCUGGGUGUCCUAACAAAGGGUACGAUCAUCGAAGUUAACGUGUCCGAACUCGGUCUCGUGACUGCUGGAGGAAAGGUCGUUUGGGGUCGGUAUGCACAGAUCACCAACAACCCCGAAAACGACGGUUGCUUGAACGCUGUUUUGCUCGUCUAAGCUUCUCGUUGAUAGAAGGACGAAACGCAAACAAUGCAUUUGAUGGCGUUAUGUGGGUCAGUCAGCAAAAUCGAAUUCCAAGGCGUUGCGGCGAUUACGAGAGAACGGGAUUUGCUAGGCAGGCAAGAGGGAAUAUCGGCCGAUGAUGCAACUGAGCAUGUAUAUCUUGGAGGACUUUUAGCUAGCAAACAAAAAAAGAAUAAUGAUACCACAUUGAUCAAGCAAGCAAU